AUGGGAAUAGCACAAGCGAGUAGGGACAAGAUAAGAAAAGCCAAGGCAAGGAAUGAGUUACAGCUGGCAAGAAAUGUUAGCAACAACAAGAAGGGGGGUUUCAAAUAUGUCAGACAAAAAAGGAAAUUCAGGGAUGGUAUGAGUCCAUUGCUCAAUGAAGAAGACCAACUCCAGAAUGAACUUGAAUGGAGAAAGGCUCGUAAUGAGACAGAUGACAUUACACUUGAUGCCGGCACAGCCCACCCCAACCUCUCCAUUGCUGGGGAUAAGAAGAGUUUGAAACAUGAAACCCAACCUCAGAAAGUUCCACCAUAUCCAGAGAGGUUUGAUUCAACUGUCUGUGUGUUGGGUUUUGAAGGAUUCUCUUCUGGAAAGCACUACUGGGAGGUGAAUGUUCAGAAGAUCAGUGACUGGGACCUGGGAGUGGCCAGAAAAUCCGCAAAGAGAAAAGGAAAACUUUCCAUAUCACCUAAAGAGGGAUUCUGGGCUCUGGGUCUGAGUGGCAGAGAUUAUUGGGCAAAAACAGAUCCAUGGACCCAGGUCAGGGUGCAGAAAAAGCCCCAGAAAAUUGGAGUUUACCUUAGUUACCAAGAUGGGCAGGUGACCUUUUUCAAUGUAACUGACAUGUCUGUGUUGUUCACAUUUAAUGAUUGUUCAUUCUCAGGAGAGGUUUAUCCCUUCUUUAAAAAUCCCCACAAAGAAACAACAAUGAGAGUUUGUUCAAUUAAAGACAAGAAAUCAAUUUAAAAUGCCAAGAUGUCCUGUUUUGUUGACCAAACUCAGCCAAAGCCCUGUGCGGCUUCAUGGCACUGUUGACCAAACUGAAUCAAAGUAACAGAAUGCUUUUCAGUUAGAAGAAAGGUGAUCUGGAAUAACAUUCCCUGUGAAAUUAUAUUUACAAAUAUUGCUAAUGCUGCAGGGGUGGCUCAGCAAAUAAGGAAUGGAACUGUACUGGAAUCUCACAAACAGAGCUAUUAAUGAUGAAAGUAAUUUUUUUCAUAGCUAACUUCCAGUUUAUCUGGAUUAGGUGUAUUAGCAGCUAAGAGUAAGCAAAUAAUGUCCUAUACUAAUGUUUCUCUGCUAAACUGAAUAACCAAUCUUUGAGUCAGGUAUAAAUACAGAUGGAGGAUGCACCCGAUCUUGAGAAAGUUUGACUAGUCAC